CUGCCAGGCUUCCCGGCUCCCGGCGUGCACUGCGACAGGACGUGCCCGGAAGACGGAAGUCUGGAGGCUUCCGGUCUUCGUGAGCGGCGUGUGUUGUGUGGGUUUGAGCUUUUCUUAAGGUGAAAACAUGGCUAAAAGCUUACGGAGUAAGUGGAAACGGAAAAUGCGAGCUGAAAAGAGAAAAAAGAAUGCCCCAAGGGAGCUAAGCAGACUUAAAAGUAUUCUUAAAGUAGAUACUGAUGUUUUAAUGAAAGACGUGCAAGAAAUAGCAACUGUGGUGGCACCCAAAAAUUGUCAAGAGAAAAUCCAGUGUGAAGUCGAAGAUGAAAAAGGUGACAUGAAAAUGGAGACUGAAAUUAAGAGAAACAAAAAGAGCCUUCUGGAUCAGCAUGGGCAGUACCCCAUAUGGAUGAACCAGAGACAAAGAAAAAGGCUGAAGGCAAAACGAGAGAAACGGAAAGGCAAAAGCAAAGCAAAUGCAGCAAAAGCAGCUAAGGGUUUGGCUUGGUAGACUCUUAAAAACUUGAGAAUUACCCUAUGGGACAGAUUUCCCAUUAGAAUGUAUGCUUUUGAUUCCAGCUCCCACCAAAUGAUAACUUUAUUUCCAUAUUUUAACAUGACCUUUUCCUUCAAGUAAUAAUUCAAGUUUGCUUUUGGAACUUGAAUUCAGUAUUAUCUUUAAGGAAUAAAAAUUAUAGAUGUUCAAGAUUCAGGGUUUAUCAGACAUUAAAAUUCUGUCAAAGCAUUGAUAUGGUGGUAAUUGUCCUCAGUACCUGUACUACUUAUCAGAGCUAUACUGAUAAAUUGGAGAUAACUCCAAUUUAAAGAAAACAUAGUAUCUUUAAAAUAUAAUAUCUGGAUAUUAUAAACAUUAUGCAAUUAGAGUUUUGAUUCUGUAUAUAAUUCUUAAUAAAAGAAAUUUUGUGUGUG